AUUGACCAGUCAGCACCUUCGCCACCAGUCCUUCCCGUGAUUUUGCCUCCACCGGUUCAAGAUUUCCCGCCAAUUCUACCUCCACCGGUUCAAGACAUCCCUCCCAUUUUACCUCCACCGGUUCAGGAUCUCCCUUCGAUUUUACCUCCACCGGUUCAAGAGUUCCCGCCGAUUUUGCCUCCACCAGUUCAAGAGUUCCCGCCGAUUUUACCUCCACCGGUUCAAGAGUUCCCGCCGAUUCUACCCCCACCGGUCCAAGAAUUCCCGCCGAUAUUGCCUCCGCCGGUUCAAGACUUCCCACCGAUUUUCUCAACACCACCGAUCGUACAAGAUCCACCAAUAGUUCCAAUAUUCUCUACACCACCAGUCGUCGGAGAUUUCCCACCGCAAACUCCUGUCUUUACCACGCCGCCAGAGGUUACGAAUCCUUGGCUACCGCCGGUGACGUCAUUUGCACCACCAAUCGAGUCUAUACCAACAAUACCGGAAAAUCCAUUCCCGGUUACACCAAACCCGGACAUGGGUUCUAAUCAGCCGUUGGUUCAGCUUCCUCCACCCUCCUGGAAUUCACCUCCAUUUAAUCGUUAAUUUUCUAAAUUUUCAAAUCUCACUUGUUUAUUAAAUCACAAAAAAAGUAACGUAAGCUAAACGUAAUAAGCAGCAUUGCAGCAAUGCCACAUUUGUACAAAUUUAUGGCUGUGAUUGCAUUUCAAUAAACGUUUUA